ACUCAUCCACCCAAUAAGCGGCCUUGGCUUUUCUCUCAUCACACUUCUCAAACUUAUAUCUAUCACAGUUUCUCCCACUACUUUGAAUACUCUGUUCUCUCUCUGUUGUCCCUCCUCUGUUUCUCUCACACAUUUGUUAAUGCAAUGGCAAUUGAGUGCAUGAAAACCCUAAAUCACCACAAAGAAGAUGACCAAAAGCCACUAGUCUUCGACGCUUCGUUGCUCCGGUACCAAACUGACAUACCCAAGCAGUUCAUUUGGCCCGACGACGAAAAGCCAUGUCCUAACGCACCAGAAUUACAAGUCCCACUCAUAGACUUGGGCGAGUUCCUCUCCGGCAACCCCGAGGCCGCAAUGAAAGCCUCGAGGCUCGUCGGAGAAGCCUGUGAAAAGCAUGGCUUCUUUCUCGUCGUGAAUCACGGCGUUAAAGACAGUCUCAUAGCUGAUGCACACCAAUACAUGGACGACUUCUUUGGUUUGCCCCUCUCUGAAAAACAGAGGGCUCAGAGGAAAGCCGGCGAGCACUGCGGCUACGCCAGUAGCUUCACCGGAAGGUUCUCGUCAAAACUCCCCUGGAAAGAAACUCUGUCGUUUCGCUACACCGCGGACCAAAGCGAGUCCAAUGUUGUUAAAAAUUACCUCUGCAAUGCCAUGGGAGAAGACUUCGAAGAAUUCGGGAGGGUGUACCAAGACUAUAGUGAGGCCAUGAGCACACUUUCCAUAGGGAUUAUGGAACUUUUGGGAAUGAGUCUCGGCGUGGACAGAACACAUUUCAAGGAAUUUUUCGGAGACAAUGAUUCGAUAAUGAGGUUGAAUUACUAUCCACCGUGCCAGAAACCAGACCAGACUUUAGGCACCGGACCUCAUUGUGAUCCGACCUCCUUAACCAUUCUUCACCAAGACCAAGUGGGGGGACUUCAAGUGUUUGUGGACGAAGAAUGGCGCUCGAUCAGCCCGAAUUUGAACGCCUUUGUUGUUAACAUUGGUGACACCUUCAUGGCUCUUUCAAACGGGAGGUACAAAAGUUGCUUGCACAGAGCAGUAGUGAACAGCAAAACUCCGAGGAAAUCACUAGCGUUUUUCUUAUGUCCGAGAGAUGAUAAGGUGGUGAAGCCACCGAGCGGGUUGGUGGAUAGUUCGUACCCGAGAAUAUACCCGGAUUUCACAUGGCCGAUGUUGCUGGAGUUCACACAGAAGCAUUACAGAGCUGACAUGAUGACCCUGAAAGCCUUCACAAACUGGCUUCAAGAACAGAGGAGCAGCUGAAGAGUUUUACCUAAAACAGAAACUUGGGUUCCACAUGGGUCUUUCGGUCCUGUGCCAAACCUAAGAAAAUGACAUUAUCGGAUGGAGGUGGUGGUAGGCCUGGGAAUUUUGCUUAAACUUCGACGCAAAAGAAUUGAGACAAAGGCAAAGUUAGAGGAAAAGCCACUUUUUUUUUUUUGGUACUGUUUCCGGCUCUGGUAAUUAGGUAGCUAGUUCUUAGGAGAAGAACAGAAUGCAAGACAAAUUGGGACAUAAGGAACCAAUAAAUUAAGAGCUCGGUUCAGUCUUUUUUUAAUUUAUUGUACUUUGGUUAUGUAGAAAGAUUAUCUAUAGCAAUUAGUUAACUCCUUUCCUCCUCUUCAACCA